UCGCCGACUCCUCCCGCUUCCGCUGCCGUAGCCGGUCGGAACCGAGUUGUCUCCUGUCAGCCGCUGUCCCUAUCGCCGCGAUGCCGCUGGAGAACCUGGAGGAGGAGGGUCUGCCCAAGAACCCCGACUUGCGCAUCGCGCAGCUGCGCUUCCUGCUCAGCCUGCCCGAGCACCGCGGAGACGCUGCCGUGCGCGACGAGCUGAUGGCGGCCGUCCGCGAUAACAACUUUUGGAACAGAAUCCGGCAAGAGCAAACCGAGGAUUGCCCUCCAGCCCUAGUAGAGGUUGGCAGUGCCAGGAUUGGCCCUCACGCAAACCUCCCACCAGCCUACGUUUCAUGUUUUGCCAAGUCGAUUAUUAAGCGCCAUCCCAUGCCUUCCUACAUGGCUCCUUACUAUGAAGCCUUGUGCAGAUCCCUCGACUGGCAGAUAGACAUGGACCUACUCAAUAAAAUGAAGAAGGCAAAUGAAGACGAGUUGAAGCGUUUGGAUGAGGAGCUGGAAGAUGCAGAGAAGAAUCUAGGAGAGAGCGAAAUUCGCGAUGCAAUGAUGGCAAAGGCCGAGUACCUCUGCCGGAUAGGUGACAAAGAGGGAGCUCUGACAGCCUUUCGCAAGACAUAUGACAAAACUGUGGCCCUGGGUCACCGAUUGGAUAUUGUAUUCUAUCUCCUUAGGAUUGGCUUAUUUUAUAUGGAUAAUGAUCUCAUCACACGAAACACAGAAAAGGCGAAAAGCUUAAUAGAAGAAGGAGGAGACUGGGACAGGAGAAACCGCCUAAAAGUGUAUCAGGGUCUUUAUUGUGUGGCUAUUCGUGAUUUCAAACAGGCAGCUGAACUCUUCCUUGACACUGUUUCAACAUUUACAUCCUAUGAACUCAUGGAUUAUAAAACAUUUGUGACUUACACUGUCUAUGUCAGUAUGAUUGCCUUAGAAAGACCAGAUCUCAGGGAAAAGGUCAUUAAAGGAGCAGAGAUUCUUGAAGUGUUACACAGUCUUCCAGCAGUUCGGCAGUAUCUGUUUUCACUCUAUGAAUGCCGUUACUCUGUUUUCUUCCAAUCAUUAGCGGUUGUGGAACAGGAAAUGAAAAAGGACUGGCUUUUUGCCCCUCAUUAUCGAUACUAUGUAAGAGAAAUGAGAAUUCAUGCAUACAGUCAGCUGCUGGAAUCAUACAGGUCAUUAACCCUUGGCUAUAUGGCAGAAGCAUUUGGUGUUGGUGUGGAAUUCAUUGAUCAGGAACUGUCCAGGUUUAUUGCUGCUGGGAGACUACACUGCAAAAUAGAUAAAGUGAAUGAAAUAGUAGAAACCAACAGACCUGAUAGCAAGAACUGGCAGUACCAAGAAACUAUCAAGAAAGGAGAUCUGCUACUAAACAGAGUUCAAAAACUUUCCAGAGUAAUUAAUAUGUAAAGCCAUGUAACAAAGGAUUUCCUUUAGAGAUAAUUAUUUGGAAUUUUUAUAGCUUACUUCACUAUGUGCCCAGGUCACCUGUAUAAAAUAAAUAUGCAUUGUUGUUUCUUUCCA